AUGGCGACGAAUGAUGGCAAGGGUGAGAGGAAGUAUCCGGAAAGUCCAGAGCUUCCACACUGUUCAAGUCAGGAGGAAGCAGCAGCUCAGGGAGAAAGCAGCAGCCUGAAGAACUCAGCUCAAGUAAAGGUGGGGAGUCAGGAGGACAAUGGAAAAGAUCAGGAAGAAGAGAAGCUCAAUACUGCCUCCAUCAGGACCGGCAAAUGCAAGGAAAAGAAAAGGAACCAUUGCCAAGUUGAUGAAAACCAAGAAGACCUGGACGUGCCUAAUAAAGUCCCCAGACAAGAUCACCCUGCUGAUGAGGGGGCCAAACCUGAUCUCAGUAUUCCACUUACAUCCCUUGAUGCGACUGACCUUGAAUGCUCACUGUGUAUGAGAUUAUUCUAUGAGCCAGUCACAACAACUUGUGGGCAUACCUUUUGCAUGAAGUGUCUUGAGAGAUGCCUAGAUCAUAACGCGAAGUGUCCACUGUGCAAAGAUUCUCUUUUCCAGGGCUUUCAAUCAAGAAAGUACAGCAAGAACAUAAUAAUGGAAGAACUAAUAGCUAAAUUCCUGCCAGAAGAACUCAGGGAACGAAAGCGCCUUCAUGAAGAGGAAAUGGAAGAACUUUCUAACUUAACUAAGAAUGUGCCUAUUUUCGUUUGCACCAUGGCCUAUCCCACUGUCCCUUGUCCCCUGCAUAUCUUUGAGCCUUGUUAUCGCCUGAUGAUUCGGAGAUGUAUUGAGACAGGCACAAAACAGUUUGGCAUGUGCCUUGGAGAUCCUGUCAGAGGCUUUGCAGAAUACGGCUGCAUGCUAGAAAUCAGAAAUGUCCAAUUCUUUGCUGAUGGCCGAUCGGUGGUUGACAGCAUAGGCAAGAGGCGCUUCAAGGUGCUCAAUCAGGGCCAGCGGGAUGGCUACAACACAGCUGAUAUUGAAUACAUUGAAGAUCAAAAGGUUGAGGGAGAAGACCGUGCUGAACUCAUGGGGCUGCAUAACUGUGUGUAUGAGCAAGCCUCCUCGUGGUUUCAUUCGCUCAAAACAUCGCUCAAGAAUCGGAUACUAAAUCACUUUGGUCCAAUGCCAGAGAAAGAUGAAGAUCCCCAGGUUAAUCCGAACGGUCCAGCCUGGUGCUGGUGGACAUUAGCCGUUCUUCCCCUGGAAACCAGAGCUCAGCUCCCCUUCCUAGCAAUGAAGUCCCUAAAGGAUAGACUGAAUGGUAUUCGGCGAAUCCUGGCCUUUAUAGCCAGAAACCAAAAUUAG